AUGAACAUUAGUCACAGAGUGGAGAAAUGCUGGUUCAUCACCUCAUCAGCGUGGCGAAACGAGGCACAAGCUGCCACUGGUGGAGUGGGGUUACUGCUGAGUUCUCGGGCGCGUAAGGCUCUCCUUAGGGUACACUAUCACACCAACAGGAUCCUUAGUGCUGACUUUGAUGGCAACCCAGUCACAACUGUCAUAGUCGUGUACUCACCCACCAAUGUGGCACAAGCUGAGGAGGUGGAGAAGUUCUAUGAGGACCUUGCAACAGCGGUCCGUGAUAUCCCGGCUCACAACUUCCUUGCAAUCCUGGGAUGCAAUGCAAGGCUCGGACCGGAGGACGCACCUCUCACGUACCACAACUUCACUAACAGCAAUGGCGAACAUCUUGCCGCCCUAGUUAUGGAGCAUGAGCUACUAGCUGCGAACACCAUGUUCCAGAAAAGAAUGGGCAAGAGAUGGACCUUCCAGGAUCGGGCUACCGGUAUGCAACGUCAACUGGACUACAUACUAGUAAGGCGAAGGUGGAGAAACUCCAUCUUGAACGAUGAACCUUACAGCACGUUCAACUCUGUGGGCUCUGAUCAUCGAGUGCUCUCCAUGAGGGUGAGACUGAGCCUCAGGGUCCCCAAACCAAGCCUGAAGACCCAGUAUGACUGA